CCGCAGUUGCAUCGAAACGCAACCGGCUGAGGCUGUCUGUCUGGAGCCGUAAUGACGCCAUGGCAACCACUCGAUCACGUGACGCAAACCCUUCUUUUAAAACGCAUUUUUAAAUCAGAAUUUAGACGCGUCUAUUGAAGCCACCGAGCAUCGUGUUUUAUUCCGUUUCACACAAGCAAUUGCAAACUGUUAUUGAUGUUCAGAUUUCCAGAGAAAGUGUUUCUUAGCGACCCAGGAACCGUUUGUUUUCGGUGAAGCAAAAAAUAAAAAAAAGAUUGCAAUUUCUUGGGACAUUUGAAAAUAUAUGUAAACUGAUACAUAGUCUGUUAAGUAUUGUACAGCCAGUGAUCGACUGAAUUAAAAUGACAAUGAUUCUUACAGUGAAGCCGCUGCAAGGGAAGGAAUGCUGUUUACAGGUCUGUGAGGAUGAGAAGGUCUCCACAGUCAAGAGUCUGGUCUCUGAGAGGCUCAACAUACCUGUCAAUCAACAGAGACUCCUGUACAAAGGCAAGGCGCUGGCAGAUGAGCACAGACUGUCACACUACUCCAUCGGUCCCGAUUCCAAGCUGAACCUCGUUGUGAAGCCCCCAGCAGAGAAACAAGAGCAGCACUCCCUGUCUCACCCCUCGCCUCACCCCGGGUCAGUGUGGCACAGCCUGCCUGCUGUUCUGAACAAACACUUCACCCCUGCCGACGCAGUGAGAGUGCUGGAGCAGCUACACAAGGAUUACGAGAGGAGCCUGCGCUUGUUGAGCCUGGAUGAUUUGGAGCGGCUGGCGACCCGCAUGCUUCACCCUGAGGCUGUGGAGUGCAUGGAGCUGUCCUUCCUGGACUGAGGAAUACUGCUGCUGCCCUCCCCUCUCCACCCUCUCGCCUCUCCACCCUCUCGCCUCUCCACCCUCUCCCCUCUCCACCCUCUCGCCUCUCCACCCUCCCCUCCCCUCCCCCCUCUCCCUUCCCCUCCCCCCUCUCCCUUCUCCACCCUCUCCCCUCUCCCCUCUCCCCUAAACCCUCUCCCCUAAACCCUCUCCCCUCCCCCCCUCCCCUCCCCCCUCUCCCUUCUCCACCCUCUCCCCUAAACCCUCUCCCCUAAACCCUCUCCACCCUCUCCCCUCCAUCCUCUCACUCUCCCCUCCCCCCUCCCCCCCCUCCCCUCCCCCCUCUCCCUUCUCACCUCUCCACCCUCUCUGUGUGUAAAAGAAUAGAAGCACGCCACUGGCAUUUAAACAAUAAAAUCUCUGGACAUUCCUGUAUUACCAGCACCACACCCACUGAGCAAGACAUUGAGCAGCCCCAGAUCCUAACCAAGCUCCAGUCCAGGGUUUACCAGCACCACACCCAAGGGACUGAGCAGCUCCAGAUCCUAACCAUGCUCCAGUCCAGGGUUUACCAAAUACACAAGUCCAAGCAACAGCUGCGUUUCAAACAUGUUUUAUUUACAGUGGUUCCAGGUGUCUUGGUUUGAUCAUUUCAUAACGCAAUGAAACAAAAUAAAUCCUAUCUGCACUUGGGAGAAUUAACUUUG